GUGGCACAGAGACUGGGUUGUUCUCCCCUGGCCCUCAUCAUCCUCAGAGCCCCCUUGGGCCCUCCAGGCCACUUCAAGAAGUGGGUCCGAUUCUCAGCCCCUCAGAGCAGGGGCAUUUGGGGCCUCUAAAAACCUGAUGAGCCAGCCCAGGGCAGUGUUGCUGCACGUUGCAUGGGAUGAAGGGCUGAAUGAAGGCUGCUUCCUCUUGCAAGCUGGCCUCUGAGAUUGCACCUUCUCCUCCUGCUCCUCCCCCAACUCUAUGGCCCUCCAAGGCAGAGCUGACCCGCCCAGGAACCAAGACAAUGCAGGAAGCAACACUUUACAGUUGUCACCCAAUGGGCAGAGCCUCUACCAGCCCCAGUCUGUCUCCAAUCUCCAAGACAAAGCAGGGACACUGAGUCCACAGCCUCAGCACAAGCCACUGGCGUCCAGGGAGAGCCUUCUUCAACAGCAUGACAAGGACAAGAUGGUGCCUCGUCACAUCCCACACCUGCGGGCUGUGGUUGAGAGCCAGGCCUUCAAAAACAUCCUGGUGGAUGAGAUGGACAUCAUGCUUUCCUGUGCAGCCACCCUCAUCCAAGCCAACUGGAGGGGCUACCAGCUCCGGCAAAAGCUGAUCUCCCAGAUGAUGGCAGCAAAGGCCAUCCAGGAGGCCUGGCGACGCUUCAACACCAGGCGUCUCCUCCGGUCUGGCAAGUUGGUGGGAAAAAAAGUGAGCAUGGAGGAGGGCGACAUCCCUUAUCACACCCCCCAGCAGGUACGUUUCCAGCAUCCAGGAGAGGGCAAGCCCCCUGCAGCCCCGCCUGUCAUGGUGAGCAAAGAGACCCAGUUCCCUUCCUCCGACACCCUGGCCGCCUGCACCCACCAGCUGGCCCUCCUGCAGGCCCAGCGUGCUCCACCUUGCACCACUGGGGACCCUGGCAUCACCUUUCUGCCACACCAGACUGUUGCCAUGAGACUUCCAUGUCCGGUGAGUCUAGAUGCAAAGUGCCACCCAUGCCUGGGGACAAGAACUGUCAGAAAUGCCUGCCUUGUCCAUGUCGAAGGGGACAUGGUGAAGACCAAGCAAGUAGCUACCAGAGCCAGCAAGGCAGGAGCCCCAGGGCCGCUCCCGUGUGGAAGGUGUGCCCAGGCAGUUCACAGAUCACUCAAGACCCAAGCCCAGACCCACGUGGAAACAGAGGUCCUCAAAACCCCACUCCAGACAGGCCCAGCAUUUGUGAUAAACAAGACCCCACCCCAGAUGUAUCCAGUGACUGCAAUGACCAAGACCCCACCCCAGCCAUGCCUCGUGCCCACAGUAACAAUAGCCAAGACCCCACCCCAGGUAUACCCAGCAGCCCGGAUGACCAAGACCCCAACCCAGAUGUACCCAGCGGCUGCCAUAAGCAAGACCCCACCCCAGACGUACCCUGCAGUUGCGAUGACCAAGACUCCACUCCAGUCAUGCCUGGCAGCCAUGAUGAACAAGACCCCACCCCAGCCAUGCCCAGCGCCCAUGGUAACAAUAACCAAGGCCCCGCCCCAGACGUACCAGGUAGCCCCAAUGGCCAGGAGCCCACCCCAGACAUGCCCAGUGGCUGCAAUGACCAAGACUUCACCCCAGACAUCCCAGCCAGCCACUGUGACCAAGAACCCACUUCAGUCAUGCCUGGCGGCCCUGGUGAAUAAGACCCAACCGCAGCCAUGCCCAGCAGCCCCGAUAUCCAAGACCCCAACCCAGAUGCGCCCAACAGCCUCAAUGACCGACACUUCUCCCCAGACGCGACCGGCAGCCAUGAUGGCCAAGAUCUCACCGCAGAUAUGCCUUUUGGCCUCGAUGAUUAAGCCCCCAACCCAGACACAGCCUGUGGCCACAAUGACCAAGGCUCCACCCCAAAUGUGCCCAGUGCCCACCAUGACCAAGACUCCAACCCAGAUGCGCCCGGCAGCCCCGAUGACCAAGACCCCGCCGCAGAAGUGUCCGGUAGCUGGCAUGGCCAAAACUCCAUCUCAGAUGCUCCCCGGGGCCUCAGUGACCAAGACCCCUCCCCAGACGCGUCUGGCAGCCAUGGUCACCAAAACCCCAGCCCAAUUUCGCUCAAUGGCCGCCAUUCUCAGGACCCUAUGCCUGCCACCUUCAGCAGGUGGAAAUCUGAAGUCUUCACCUCCAGUAGCUGUGGCAGCUGGAAUUCCCAACGCCUCAUCCCACACGUGUCUGAAUGGACUGAAGGCCAAGGCUGUGGUGAACACAAAGCAGACAGCAGGGAUGGUCAGGGUCUCUUCUCACUCAUACUUGGCUGAGGGAAAGGUCAAAUACUUUAACUCACCACAUCUGGGAGCUGGGGCCCCCAAGGCUCCAGCCAAGCCUCCUUUGGAAGCUGAAAAAAUGAAGGUCUUCGCCCAGAAGCAGGUGAAAACGGAAACAGUGUCUAGUACCGGUGUGGCCAUUGGAAUGCCCGGGGCUUCACCCUGGGGGAAAAUGGCUGAGGACAGGAACAAGUCCUCAUUACAGACACACCUGAGGGCAGAUGUGAAGGUUCAGUCCCAGGCGUAUGUGCCUGUAGAAACAGCCAUGGUCCUGCCCCAGGCCCAGCUGGCCACAUGUCCGGCCAAGGCCCUGCCCCAGACACAUCUGGAUACAUGUCUGGCCAAGGCCCUGCCCCAAGAACGGCUGGCCACCUGUUCGACCACAGCCUCGUCCCAGGGACAGCUGCUUGCCGAACUGACUGCAGUUCUGCCCCAGGCCCAUCUGGGCACAUGUCUGUCUAAGACCGUGCCCCAGGCACAUCCACACGCCAAGCUGACCACAACUCAGGCUCAGACCCAUCUGGGCACGUGUCUGUCCAAGGCCCUGUCCCAGGCACAUCCACCUGCCAAGCUGACCAAGGCCCCGUCCUUCGCACAUCUGGGCACAUGUCUGACCAAGGCACAGUCCCAAGCACAUCUGGCCACAGGAGUGAUAAAGGUCCAGUCUCAAGCACAUCUGCCCACCGGGCUGACCAAGGUGCAGUCCCAGGCCCAGCUGGUCACAGAAACUGCCAAGUGCCUCUACACGGCCCACCAAGCUGCUGAGCUCAGUGGCAAGACCCAGUCGCAGCCACUCCUGGCCGGGUUCAAGGCCUCCACCCAGCCCUGCCAGCACGUUGGUGCCCUUGGCACUCUGCCCCGAGCCAAGCCAGAGGACAGACUGACUCAGAUCCAGCCCCACAGUUAUGUGCAGGGUAAAGCCACCCAGGGCCCACGCCAGGGGGCCUCUGAGACCCAGAGCAUGCUGGUGCCUCUGCUGGCAUCUGCUGGACACCCCACAUGUAACAUUGAAUCCUGGGGUGACAGUGGGGCUACCCGGGCCCAGUCACCAAUGCCCAGCCCAGCCACACCCUGCCCAGAAGAGCUGACUGCCUCCCAGCUCGCCUCCCUGUGCCCUGAGCUGGCUGCCGAGAUGGGUUCCCAGGAGGACCUCCGUGCCCUACUGGCAAAAGCCCUCUCCCAGGGCCAAGUGAAGGCAGCCCUGAACCAGGCCCUGUCCAAGAAAGUCCUGGGCUCCACGAUGGCCAAGGCCCUACCCCAGGGCAUGCUGGGCGCAGCGCUGAUGAAAGUGCUAUCCUGGGGCGAGCUGGGCCUUGCGCUGUCCCACACCCUGUCCCCCAGCGAGCUGCGGGCAGAACUCACCAAGGCCAAGCAGGGGAAACUGGUGGACGUGCUCAGCAAGGCCCUGACAGAGGAGGAGUGGGCCGCUCUGAGCCAGGCCCUGUGUCAGGGGGAGCUGGGCGCUGUCCUGAGCCAGUCUUUGUCUCAGGCGGCCCUGAGGACUGGUGUUGUCCUCCCUAAGGCCACCUCGAAAACAGCAGGAAACAGGAUGACUGUGUUCCCAGCCCCGGUGGAGGUGGACCACAGGGGGAGCUCAUCGACCGCAUGGGGGCCUGCCCUAGGCCCCGUGAGACCACAGCCCAGCAAGGUCAGGUUUCCCCAGGACGGGACCUGGGAGGGCUUCUCCACAGGCUGGCCUGCCGGGUUCUUGGAAGAGAUGGGGGAUGGGGCCAUGCUCGGGGGGUCACCUUGCUCGCCGGUGGUCUCUAUGGGUGCCUCCCUGGCUAGUAGAGUGGUCACUGCCAUUCAUCGUUAUCCCCUAGUCACUGCCCUGGACCCCAGUCUAUCAUGGGAGAUGGAGUCCAGCAGGGGCUCCUCCUCAGACCUGUAUCUGAGCCCUGAGGUCAGUGAGGAAAACGUGUGCCUGCCCCCAGGGGCGAGUGAAUUGACAUCAGAUCUCAACCCCGUGGAGAGUGACACGGACCCCAGUUUGCCCAAGCCACCCCACUUGCAGCUGCCCCCCAGCCUGUGGCAGCCGCUCAUUGCCAAUGGUGUGGGCCCAAGCACCAGCCAGCAAUCGGUGGUGGCUGGUGGCAGAGCCCCGAGCUCCCAUAAGCCACAUGCGGUCAGCAGGGUGGCCCCACAUCUGUGGGCGUCGUCGGGGGAGGGCCGGGUGGCCUCGGGUAUGCUUCCCCGCACUUCGGGUGGUGGGAGUGCUGUGCAUUCCCACCAGUGUGCUGCUGCCUAUGGGGGAUCUGUUUGUUGCCGUCAGCCCUCCAGGGUCAACAAAGUGUCCUCCAGCAUGUACCGACCCUCAGCCACCAAAGUUCCACGACAGCCACCCAUGGUCCGUGAGGAGACCAUGCAGAAAGCUCAGUCCCCAAAUCACAAACGGGCCUCCAUGAACACUAGGGAGAGGAUCAAUAAGGCGACCCCGGGUCCCCUGAGGGCUGCCACUGUGAGCAAAAUGUCCCUAACCCAACCCCAGACCCCCAAGGCUGGUGACAUAACCCUAGGUCUUUUGCCUAGCUCCAUGGCUCCUGGUCCUCACUGGGCACUCAAGACUCAGGCAGAUCCCAGUGUGUCCCCAGCCUCCCCAGGCAGGAGGUUUGCACACACCCUUUCCCAUACAGCCGUCCCCAGGCAGGAGAGGAAUCGAACCCAGGGCACCAUUUCCAGUGCACACUGCCCACCGGAGCAAGUGACUGGUCAUAUACGCAAUGAACUGGCGGUCAGUCUGCCCCAGGGUCCAAACAAUGACAUUGCUGGAAGCCUCUCCCAAGGCUCCACAGACUAUGGUUCAAAUGUGAGUAACUCCCAGAGCUCACUGCCUAGUUGCAGCUCACUCAACCUCUCCACCAUGUCUGUGGCCGGUCUGAGAGAUGUCGAACUGGUGGAGCAGGGGUCCUGGGAGGCCCGCUUGGAUGGGGAUAUCCAUCUAGAUACCCUCCUCUCUGGAGAGGCUGUGGGGAGGCCCCAGAAGCCUAGAGACAGGGAGGAAUCCAAGAAAGCGGGCCGGGGACAUACGACUCCAAACCUCUACCAACAGCCCUCUGCAGGCUCAGAGCUGAUCCCCAUUCUGCACCACAGCUCAGUGUCUGGCCGCGUGACGUUGAGUGUCCACUGGAGCUCAGAUGAUCAGGAUGAGAGGGAUAUGACCUCGGGCCAAAGCUCCAUGGACCUGAAGGAAAGGUUGUCCCAGAAAUCCUACAGGACAGGACUGACCAGAAGUCUGUCUUUGGAUAACGUGAUCCCUACCACAUAUCAGCAGCCAUCCGCAGCCACUAGGCUGACCUCAAGCCUAUCUCAGCCAUCGGUAGUCAGUAAGGUGGCCCCAAACCCAGGCCAGCCAUUUAUGGUCAGUAAGGUCACCCGCAGCACAUCUGAAUUAUCGAUGGCUACUAAGGUCAUCCCCAGCCUAACUGAGCCAUCUAUGCCUAGUAAGGUGAACCUCAGCCUAGACCAGAAAUCUUGGGCUAGUGGGAUGACCCCCAGCCUAGCCCAGCCAUCGACGACUGGUGGGGGAGCCACAAACCUAGUCCAGCCAUUUGUGACUGGAGAGGUGGCCUCCAGCCUAGCUCAGCCAUCUGUGACCAGUGCAUUAGCCCCCAACCUAGCCCAGCCAUCUGUGACCAGUAGGGUGGCCCCCAGCCUAGCCCAGCCAUCUGUGACCAGUGGGUUAGCCCCCAACCUAGCCCAGCCAUCUAUGACCAGUGGGGUGGCCUCCAGCGUAGCUCUGCCAUCUAUGACUAGUGGGGUGGCCCCCAACCUAGCCCAGGCAACUAUGACCGGUGGGGUGGUCCCCAGCCUAGCACAGGCAUCUGUGACCACUGGGGUGGCUCACAGCCUAGCCCAGCCAUCUGUGACCAGUGGGGUGGCCCCCAGCCUAGCCCAGCCAUCUGUGACCGGUGGAGUGGCCCCCAGCCUAGCACAGGUAUCUAUGACCAGUGGGGUGGCUCGCAGCCUAGCUCAGGCAUCUAUGACCGGUGGGGUGGCUUGCAGCCUAGCCCAGCCAUCUGUGACCGGUGGGGUGGCCCCCAGCCUAGCCUGGCCUUCUGUGACCAGUGGGGUGGCACCCGGCCUAGCCCAGCCAUCUAUGACCAAUGGGGUGGCCCCGAGCCUAGCCCAGCCAUCUAUGACCAGUGGGGUAGCCUCCAGCCUAGCUCAGGCAUCUGUGACCAGUGGGGUGGCUCCCAGCCUAGCCCGGCCGUCUGUGACCGGUGGGGUGGCCCCCAGCCUAUCCCAGGCAUCUAUGACCAAUGGGGUGGCCCCGAGUCUAGCCCAGCCAGCUGUGACCGGUGGGGUGGGCCCCAGCAUAGCUCAGGCAUCUAUGACCAGUGGGGUGGCCCCGAGUCUAGCCCGGCCAUCUUUGACCAGUGGGGUGGCCCCCAGCCUAGCCCAGGCAUCUAUGACCAGUGGGGUGGCUCCCAGCCUAGCCUGGCCAUCUGUGACCAGUGGGGUGGCCCCCAGCCUAGCCCGGCCAUCUGUGACUGGUGGGGUGGCCCCCAGCCUAGCCCAGCCAUCUGUGACCAGUGGGGUGGCCCCCAGCCUAUCUCAGGCAUCUGCGACUGGUCAUGUGGCCCCCGGCCUAGCCCAGCCAUCUGUGACCAGUGGGGUGGCCCCCAGCCUAUCUCAGGCAUCUGUGACCAGUGGGGUGGCCCCCAGCCUAACUCAGGCAUCUGCGACUGGUCAUGUGGCCCCCAGCCUAGCCCAGCCAUCUGUGACUGGUGGGGUGGCCCCCAGCCUAUCUCAGGCAUCUGCAACUGGUCAUGUGGCCCCCGGCCUAGCCCAGCCAUCUGUGACCGGUGGGGUGGCCCCCAGCCUAGCUCAGGCAUCUAUGACCAGUGGGGUGGCCCCCAGCCUAGCCCAGCCAUCUAUGACCAGUGGGGUAGCCCCCAGCCUAGCUCAGGCAUCUAUGACCAGUGGGGUGGUUCCCAGCCUAGCCCGGCCUUCUGUGACUGGUGGGGUGGCCCCCAGCCUAGCUCAGGCAUCUGUGACCAGUGGGGUGGCUCCCAGCCUAGCCCAGCCAUCUGUGACCGGUGGGGUGGCCCCCAGCCUAUCUCAGGCAUCUGCGACUGGUCAUGUGGCCCCCGGCCUAGCCCAGCCAUCUGUGACCAGUGGGGUGGCCCCCAGCCUAACUCAGGCAUCUGCGACUGGUCAUGUGGCCCCCAGCCUAGCCCAGCCAUCUGUGACCGGUGGGGUGGCCCCCAGCCUAUCUCAGGCAUCUGCAACUGGUCAUGUGGCCCCCGGCCUAGCCCAGCCAUCUGUGACCGGUGGGGUGGCCCCCAGCCUAGCUCAGGCAUCUAUGACCAGUGGGGUGGCCCCCAGCCUAGCCCAGCCAUCUAUGACCAGUGGGGUAGCCCCCAGCCUAGCUCAGGCAUCUAUGACCAAUGGGGUGGCCCCCAGCCUAGCCCAGCCAUCUAUGACCGGUGGGGUAGCCCCCAGCCUAGCUCAGGCAUCUAUGACCAGUGGGGUGGCUCCCAGCCUAGCCCGGCCGUCUGUGACCGGUGGGGUGGCCCCCAGCCUAGCCCGGCCUUCUGUGACCAGUGGGGUGGCCCCUAGCCUAGCCCAGCCAUCUAUGACCAGUGGGGUGGUUCCCAGCCUAGCCCGGCCUUCUGUGACUGGUGGGGUGGCCCCCAGCCUAGCUCAGGCAUCUGUGACCAGUGGGGUGGCUCCCAGCCUAGCCCGGCUGUCUGUGACCGGUGGGGUGGCCCCCAGCCUAGCUCAGGCAUCUGUGACCAGUGGGGUGGCUUCCAGCCUAGCCCGGCCGUCUGUGACCGGUGGGGUGGCCCCCAGCCUAGCCCGGCCUUCUGUGACUGGUGGGGUGGCCCCCAGCCUAGCUCAGGCAUCUGUGACCAGUGGGGUGGCUCCCAGCCUAGCCCGGCUGUCUGUGACCGGUGGGGUGGCCCCCAGCCUAGCUCAGGCAUCUGUGACCAGUGGGGUGGCUCCCAGCCUAGCCCGGCCGUCUGUGACCGGUGGGGUGGCCCCCAGCCUAACUCAGCCAUCUGUAACCUGUUGGAUGGCCCCCAGGCUAUCCCAGGCAUCUAUGACCAAUGGGGUAGCCCCGAGUCUAGCCCAGCCAGCUGUGACCAGUGGGGUGGGCCCCAGCCUAGCUCAGGCAUCUAUGACCAGUGGGGUGGUUCCCAGCCUAGCCCGGCCUUCUGUGACUGGUGGGGUGGCCCCCAGCCUAGCUCAGGCAUCUGUGACCAAUGGGGUGGCUCCCAGCCUAGCCCAGCCAUCUGUGACCGGUGGGGAGGCCCCCAGCCUAGCCCGGCCUUCUGUGACUGGUGGGGUGGCCCCCAGCCUAGCUCAGGCAUCUGUGACCAAUGGGGUGGCUCCCAGCCUAGCUCAGGCAUCUGUGACCAGUGGGGUGGCCCCCAGCCUAACUCAGCCAUCUGUAACCUGUUGGAUGGCCCCCAGGCUAUCCCAGGCAUCUAUGACCAAUGGGGUAGCCCCGAGUCUAGCCCAGCCAUCUGUGACCAGUGGGGUGGCCCCCAGCCUAGCCCAGCCAUCUGUGACCGGUGGGGUGGCCCCCAGCCUAUCUCAGGCAUCUGUGACUAGUGGGGUGGCCCCCAGCCUAGCCCAGCCAUCUGUGAUCGGUGGGGUGACCCCCAGCCUAUCUGAAGCAUCUGUAACUGGUGACAUGGCCCCCAGCCUAGCCCGGCCAUCUGUGACUGGUGGCAUGGCCCCCAGCUUCGCACGGCCAUCUGUGACUGGUGGGGUGCCCCCCAGCCUAGCUCAGGCUUCUAUGACCAGUGGGGUGGCCCCCAGCCUAGCCUGGCCAUCUGUGACCAUUGGGAUGGACCCCAGCCUAGCUAAGGCAUCUAUAACUAAGCUGUCUAGGAGGAGUGGGGUAACCCCCAGCCUAGCUAAACCAUCUAUAGCUAAGCCGUCUAUGACCAGUGGGGUAACCCCCAGCUUAGCUAAGCCAUCUGUGACCAGUGUGAUAGCUCCCAGCUUAGGUAAGCCAUGUAUGACCGAUGGUGCGGCUCCCACCAUAGCCCAGCCAUCAGUGACUGGUGGGGUGGCCCCCAGCCUAGCCCAAGCACCAGUGGCCUGUGUGGUGGCUCCCAGCCUAGUCCAGCCAUCAGUGGCCUGUGUGGUGGUCUCUAACCUAGCCCAGCCACCUAUGACCAGUGGGAUGGACCCCAGCCUAGCCCAGCCAUUUGUGGCCAACAGGGAGCCCCUCAGCCUCUUCCAGCCAUCUGUAAUUGGUGGUGCCAGUUGCGUAGCUGGCCAGUCAGGCUGGGCCCCUAAAGUGGGUUCAAAUCUACCAUCAAGAGUGAAUGCCAUGGCCCCUAGUCUGCGUCACCCAUCAUUUGUGACUGAAGUCCCCUUGAGCACAUCAUACUCCUCUGCCAUUAGCAGCCCGGGCCAAGAUCUGAGCCAGUCAUCUGUGGCCGCUAGGAUGGCCCCCUGUCAAGAUCCUGUAAUGGUUGGUGGGGUGGCCUCAAACGCCCAGGCCCCUGAGUUCAGCGAGGUGUCCCUGGCGUUUCAUCAGCUGCUCGGUGUCGGUGGGGGACACACAAGCGUCACUGAACUUUCUGCGGUCACUCUCUCAGCCCCGAAUCUCUACCAGGCCUCUGGUGCUAGUGGAGAGGACUCUUGUCUAGACCAGGGAACGAGUAUAUGUCCUGGGGCUCUGUUCCAGGGCACUAUGGCUGUUGGUAUGUUCCCACAUAUGUCUCGGGGGACCCUGGCUGCUGGUAUGUUCCUUGGUAUGUCUCCAGGGCCUGUAUCUCCGGGUAUGACAGGGAGUGUGUGCCAGAGAAGUGUGACAACUGGUAUGGGCCCAAACCAGUUUCAGAUGGCCAGUGGCGUGACUCCCAUUGCAUCCCCGGCCCCUGUGGCAGGUGCCCCUUUGAUUCACAAGCAAGCCUCAGAGGGCCCUGGUUUCUCUCGGGCUUCAGUGCCCAAAAGACUGGGUAUGAGUCCAUUCAAGUUUUCUCAGGCCAAUGCAGGUGCCAACAUGCCUCAGGUCAAUGUUGAUCUCCCAAUAUCUUUGAACCACCAGCAUCCUUCAGUGUCCACAAUCAUGGCACCCGGUUAUGAACAAGGAAAUGCUUUCAGCCAGGAGCCCGUGAUGGACACAGCUAGUGGCCUGGUGCCAGGUUCUGUAGCCACUAGGAUGACCACAGCCAUGGCCCCAGGUACCGGGGCCAGUGGUGCGGCCCCCAGCCUUCCCCCAGGAUCCUUGAUCAGCGGCAUGGGCCAGGGUCUUCCUCCAGAUCCUGUGGCCAGUGCUGUGGCCCAGAACUUUCCUCCAGGUUCUGUGGCUAGUGGGGUACCCCCCAGUCUAAUGGCGACAUCUGGGGCUGGUGGGAAGAGACAAAGCUUCAUAAGACCCUCAGUGAGUUUCACUGCCCCAAGCCUGAUCCCAGGUUCAGUGUCAAGUGGGAUGGGCCCAGGUGUGUCUCCUGGGUCUGUGGCCUCUAGUGUGGUUCCAGCCAUAGAUGCUGGGGGACUGAAUCAGGACCUGAUUCUAGGGUCCAUGGAUAAUGCAGCUGGCCUGCCAUCCACAGUGGGGAAUGUGGCCCAGAGCCUCCCCCAGGGGUCCAUGCUGAUCGGGAUCACUCCCCGUCCUUACCAUGGAGCCCUGGCUAGGGAAGGGUCUACAGCCCCCUUCCCGGCCUCCCAUGCCACUGGCCUGGCUCAACUGCAUCCCCAGGCCUUGGAAUCUAGCGGCACGACCAGGAGAGUACACCAAGUGCCCACGGUCCUACAAAGAGCCUCCCAGUUGAGCCACGCUCUUGAGAUGAUGCCAUUUGAGGCCACAGAUGACCAGGCCAUGACGAAACCAGAGGACCCGAACAAGGCUGUGUCCCAGGUGUCCAUAUCCAGUGCAGAGUCCAUGGUCCUUGACGCAACCCCGUGGAUGUCCCAUAAUCCCCUGUCAACUGACCACAGCCACGAAUUCCUUCCCAGUGGUCAAAGGCCGUUGUUGGAGAUGGUUCCUAGCCUGACCAAGUCUCUGGCCAGUGGCAUGACUCCUGUCCCGCCCCAGUCCCUGAAUUUUGCCAAGCACUCCAUGGCUGGUGGCACCACCCCAACUCUGCAGCAGAGGUCAGCAACCAGUUGGGAGGCCCCCAGCUCCCACUUUGUGACUGCUAGCAGGGUUCCCAGUGUGCACAUGGAGUCUGUCAAGGUUAUUGGGGCCCCCUUGGCUCGACAGGCAUCAGUGGCUCACGUGGUGCCCCAGAGCCCCUCAGUGACUCACAUGGUGCCCCAGGGCCAUGUCCACAAGAUGGGGGCUUCUCCCAUGGUCUCAGGGUCACCGAAGCUGGUCCAUAGCAGUACUAUGGCAUCCAGUGUGUACCCAGGGUCUAUAGCUGGGAUGGGGACCCCAAGCACUUCCCAGAGGUCAGGGACCACCUACAAGGCCUCACAUGUGCUGUAUCCGCCCAUGGCUGGUGGGAUAGCAUCUGGUGGGUUCCAGGUAGAAGCGGUCCCCAGGGCACACAAGAAGCCAGCGUCUGGGGACCUGACUCAGAGAAGCCACAAAUUUCUUGGCUCUAAAAAAUCCUACAGGUUCAUGCAUGGUUGUCUUGUCUCAGACAUGCUAGACAGUAAUGUAGCCAGGGUUGUGCCCUUGCAUGAAGUGCAGGAGCACGCCUCCAGGUCCUCACAGGAGAGUCCCGAACACUCCAAGAGCGCACCACCAGCCAUGAUACCCAUCAUCCGUACCACUGAGGUGGCACACGACACGACCGCCCCUAAGCUGCCCCUGGAAUUUCGGAGGGUGUCUCUUGGCUAUGAGUCUUCACCUGAUGGUUCCCAGAGGCCCCUUUUUACCCCGGAGUCAAUGCAGGGGUUCCGGGAUUUCCAUAGCGCCGUGGCUCCUGCAGGUAGUCAUAGUGCGUCCCUGACUCCCACUGUACUCCAGGGCCCUGUGGACGCUGGCAUAGCUGGUGGCCAAGCAUGGAACUCGGCCGUCCCCAGUGUAGCCGUCGGGCCCAUGACCAGCGCCGCAGCCCCCGGUGGCCCCUGGGAUCUGGCCAGGGCUUCUGUGCCCAGGGACACUGCGGGUAGAGAGGCAGCAGAGGAUCCCAGACCGUCGGGGGAGCUGGUGACGUCGAUGCAGGCUGUGGAGAAGAUAAUCAUCCAUGCCGUGGUCACCAUCCAGGCAUGUGCCCGCGGCUACCUGGUGCGCCGAACCAUCAAGGUGUGGCACCGGUGGGCCAUCAUCAUCCAGGCUGUCUGGCGUGGCUACCGUGUGCGGCGGGACUUGGCCCGGCUCUCUCAAGCUGCCACCACCAUCCAGGCCAUGUGGCGAGGCUUCUGCACCCGCCAGAACCAAACCCAGGCAGCAUUGCUCUCAGGCGUGUGGACCAAGACGGACAGCAGGACCAAGUCCAUGUCGGACCACCGCUGCUUCCAGUCCUGCCAGCCGCAUGUCUGCCCCCUCUGCCAGUCCCUGAGCCCCAGGCUGGGGAGCCCGCCCAGCGUGGUGAUGCUCAUGGGGUCCAGCCCCCGCACGUGCCACAUGUGUGGCCACACCCUGCCCACUCGGGUGGUGCACGGCAUGGGCCGGGGCUCCAGAGUCCAGGCUGGCAUGCCGUGGGCCUGUGGCACCCCGAUAGCCUCCUGGAGCCCCCGGCAGUCCCGUUGCCAGCACAAGGCAGCCAUGGCCAUCCAGUCGGCCUGGAGGGGCUUCACAGUGCGCCGCCAGCUGAGGCAACGGCAGGUGGCUGCCAGGAUGCUCCAUGCCACCCGGCGCGGCCACCACACCCGGGCCUCCCUCACUACGGAUGAGCUCUUGGGACCGGCAGCAUGGGACAACUCGUGGCACAUGCAGUGGCCAGGCGUCUAGGACGUCGGCUGACUGGUGGGCGGGGGCGGGCAUCGGGGGAGGGGCAGUGUGGCUCUCUGGGUCUAACGAAUAAAGCCCU